UAUUCAGGCGGGAGGGCCAAGGCGGUGAGAAGAACUUGCGGGGCAGAAUUAGAGUUCGGAGGUGCCUUGCUUGCGUGGGAAAAUUGCCGGGCAUGGAAUUUCCAACUCCAUUCAAUUCUCAUGCUUCGAAGCCUUGAAAAUUUCCCAGCCGCGGUAUUCACUCACAGCGAGCCGACGACAUGUCAGUCAAGACCCCCGACACUGGCAACUCGGCGCGUGCAACGAGGAGGAAACGCAAAGCAGAAAGAGAAGAGGAGGAGGGCUCAUCCCCAGCCAAAAAGGCCAAAGCAUCCCGGAUAUCACAGACUAGCAAUGUCGAUGCCACGCUAGGCUUUGUCAAAGAUGGUAACGUGAUCCACGGGGCACGGAGAAAGCGCAAACGACGGAGCCGUGGAGCAAAAGCUGUUGUGGAGGUCGAGGGAAAUAGCAACGACACAAAUGUCAAGGACGAGAAAGCGGUUGAUGACAAUGGGGUCAUUGAUGGAGAUGAUGAGGCUGUCGACGAGGAGGACGUCGACGCUGUGGAGAGUGCUGACCACGACGAGACAACGGUCGCACUCAACAGUUCAACCAUAAAACAAGCAAAAAAGACAAGAAAUCGGGCGAGACGAGAAUCAAAGACCGGUGCUUCUUCGCUCAAGCCGACUCUGGAGGCCAGCGAGAGGGGCACAUCUGGGCAACACAAGACCUGGACAGCCUCGGCCGCCUCUGCUGGGCGGUUUCUGCAGCACGACCCUGCGUUCGUACAAAAUGGCAAAGACGCAGGCUUCCUCAUCAGCGCGAACGCACGAGAAGUACAGCUGCUCUCGCUGGAGACCUCCCUCGUUGUGCGAUCGCACUCCUCGCCAUCUGAUAAAACUGUUGCGCAUUUCGCCGUGGACGCAAUCGACAACACCCUCGUUCACAUUGCAUAUGACGAUGGCGCCAUCAACACAUGGGACUGGGAUAACGAUACCGCGACAACACCGGUCUCUCAUGCGAAGUUGGAAGUCGUUGCAAUGGCCUCUGGUAGGCCCUUCAAUGGCACGAAGUCAUCGCUAUUCUACAUCGCUGCAUUGAAGAGACGUCAUGCUGUAUUCCUCGGCAAUGAGAAGCUCUUCGAAACCAAGGCAGCCCUUACGUCUAUUUUAGUGGUCGGGAAUAGCGACUACCUUGUCUGCUCUGGUCCGUCCGUACUGAUCAUUGGUUCGAGACUUGGCAGAGCAGCAGGUGAGAUUACUUGGAUCGAGAUGCCGCUGAGCUUCACUUGCACAUGCCUGGACGCCCGGCUCUCCACGCUACCAAAUGCAACUACCAAAUCAAGCGGCAACAUCCCGGUUCUGAGUCUGGCUAUGGGACUGGAGGACGGGCAGAUCAUGGUCUACUCAGAUGUUACAUCCCUUUUCAAGUCGCAAGCCCUCCCAACGCCCCGCAUCCUUCACUGGCAUCGUCGUGCGGUGUCAGCCAUAAGGUAUUCACGAGACGGCAACUACAUCAUAUCUGGCGGCAAGGAAACCGUGCUGGUGAUAUGGCAGCUGGAGACUGGCAAGAAACAGUACCUCCCACAUCUCACGUCAGAGAUCAACGGUAUCGUCGUCAGCCCAGAGGGCUCACGAUAUGCGCUCCGAAUGGGAGAUAAUAGCAUCGUGGUUCUCAGUACCAGUGAACUUAAGCCGCUGGCUCAUUUUGCUGGUCUACAAGUCACUGGCCGCAUUGCAACGCAUCUGUACCCUUCUCAACAAUCGACAAUCGCAGCCGUGUUACACCCUACGAAGCCGCACACCCUCCUGGCCGCCGUCCCACCAUCGAUUCCCAGAUCGGAGAACGAUGUUACCGGUCGGCCAUUCCUCCAAACCUUUGACACACGCAACUCGCGGCACAUCAGUCGACAGGCGCUCACAAGGAACAACGUCACCGAUUUCACUCUUGGCCCCGAUCGAACUCCCAUUGUGACACCGGAUGUGAUUCAUCUGGCAAUCAGCCACGACGGCCAAUUGCUUGCCACGGUAGACGAAUGGAUGCCGCCCCUUUCCGAUCUAGGAUAUUUGGCGUCAGACGAGCUGGAUCUAGACGGAGAGCGACAGAAGCGACGAGAGGUCUUUUUGAAAAUCUGGAACUGGAAUGAAGACGAAGGAUUGUGGACGCUCAGUACGCGCGUGGAUGCUCCCCACGGGCGUGCUAACGGAAUUGGCUUUGGUGCAGGCCGGGUCCUCGCUUUAGCAUCUGCUCCUUCAUCAGACACCUUUGCCACUGUAGGCGAAGACGAGUGCGUCCGAGUCUGGAGCCCCAAAGGCCGCACACGUCGCUCUGCGAUCAAGACAGAGCCGGUCAGCUGGGUAUGCAAAAGCUCCACGCAGCUGCCCCGUGCCGAGUCCGCCGAAGAGACAGAGCCAACGGGCUUGUUCGGCGCCAGUCUCACAUAUUCCAAUGACGGCUCCCUCCUGGCGGUGGCCCCGUCGGACCAUGACGCUGCAACAGAGAAAGCUCCAAUCACGCACUUUCUCGAUGCAUCCACUGGCGCCGUUGCGGCCUCGAAGGCGGGCUUGGCGCGUGCUGAAUUGAAGGACAUUGCAUUUCUCGGACGUUACUUUGUCGCCGUAUCCACGCCGGCAGCGCACGUGUGGGACUUGGUGGAUGACGUUCUCAUGUACAAGAUCGACUUCCCAGGCCCUGCCGGCGCAUGGGGUGCUGGUCAUGCCAAACUGGCUGUCAGCCAAGACGAAGGCAGCUUCGCCGUUGUGGUUGGGGACAAUGUCGUGGAAGUCUACGCUCCUCAAAGCACCACGGUGUUAUAUCGACACGAAUUCGAUGCCAGCAUUGAAGGAUUGCUCGCUAGCAAAGGCACGAAAGGGUAUACCUUGAUAUUCUCGGACGCUACGAUUCGCACGGUGUCACCGGCCGGAGCAGAGAAGGUCCAGCCCAGGCUGAAGACGACCUUUUCUCUGGCUGCGUCGAAAUUCAGCUCUGCCGGUGCCGAAGAGAUUGGCCAGGCGGGAGUUGCUGCGGACGCUCAGGCUCCCGUGCUUGGGACUGUAGCGCGGGUACAAGAUGUCGAAGAGGACGAUAGGCUCGUCGUCAGACCCGAGCAAUUGGCGCGGGUCUUCGAUUUCGGACAGACAUCCGCAAUGCCGCCAGUGAGAGAUAUGUUCCAGGCCGUUGUUGGUCUUUUUGCCCGGAAGCCAGCGAUGAGGCCGCAAGCGGUGAGGGCCAGCUGAAGUAGUCAUUGUAUCCAUCUGGUGUAGAUAGUCGAUCAUCAUUUGCUCUCCUGUUUCACCGGUUGCGUCGGCCCACGACCU